UCGUCGUGUAAUGAACAGAAGCUCUGCGAGCAACUGCUAGCCCAGCGGCGAAUCGACGACAGAUUUCAGUGCGCAAAAAAAAAAAAAAAAAAAAAAAAAAAAAAGGAAUAAAAACAAUACACAAGUAAAUUGCAGUGUAUAUCAAAACACACACAUACACUGACACACACGGACUUCUCGUUUGUGUGGAAUACAAAGUUGAGGUGUCACUAAAUUUUAAUCGAAUAACGGUGUAAUAAUUAAACAAAAAACAACAAAUUUUUACAGCAGGAAAACGCAUAAAAUACAAAUAAAUAAAUAUAAUCAAAAUUAAUAAAUAAAUGAAAAUACUUAAAUAGUGACAUGUGACAUGUGAGUGAGUAAAAGAGACACACACAGAGUAAGAGCGAGAGAGAAAACCUUGAGAUCUAAGUUAGUACGCAACGCACAAAAGCUCAAGUUCAAACAAUAGAGACGCUGCCGCUCUGCCACGGGGAGGCGCAACAAAAGUGCAACAGCUGCACGGAAAAACAACUAAAAACUGCAACAAAAGCCCAAAAGUCAAAGUAAACCCAGACAGACGUAAAGAGUGCAAGGUAGAGAGAGAGAGAGAAAGAGAGAGUGACAGAGAGAGAGAGAUACAGUGUGGGUAGAAUGUGUAGUGCAGAGUCCACAAGGCAGCUUAAAGUGGCAGCAGCAAACACAACCGGAUAAUAAGCAUAAGAGCCAACAACAACAGCAAUAACCAUCGCAACAACAACAACAACAAUAGCAACAACAACAGCGGCAGCUGAAGGCGCUGGCGUAGCGCAGGCCGUGCCCAGCAUUUAAAUAAAACCAAGAAGAAGAAGAAGAAAAAACAUAAACCCAAAGCCAAAACCAAAAUCAAAUCCAAAUCGAAAUUCAAACGGAAAUAAGGCAGAGCGAGUGAGAAAGAGAGAGAGAGAGAGAGAGAGCGAGGACGAGUGAGGCAACGAGGUGACGUCACAGCGCCGCUAACUAGGACACUCGUGCCGCAAAACGCAAAAUCUCGUUAGCCUGCACAUCCCUUGCAUCCUUAGCAUCCGCUUGAAUAUUCACAUCCGCGAAAUGGUCUCUCGGCUGGGCCUGCACUCGCUGCUCGCCGCGCUGCUCGUGCUGGCGGCGCAGCUGUCCAGCGUGUGCGGCGUCAUCGAUCGCUUGGUGGUGCAGACCAGCUCCGGUCCGGUGCGCGGCCGUUCCGUAACGGUGCAGGGUCGCGAAGUGCACGUCUAUACGGGCAUACCCUAUGCCAAGCCGCCUAUCGAUGAUUUGCGCUUCCGCAAGCCGGUGCCGGCUGAGCCCUGGCACGGCGUACUCGAUGCCACCCGCCUCUCGGCCACCUGCGUCCAGGAGCGCUAUGAAUACUUUCCGGGCUUCACUGGCGAGGAGAUCUGGAAUCCCAAUACCAAUGUAUCCGAGGACUGUUUGUAUAUAAAUGUUUGGGCGCCAGCGAAGGCGCGUUUGCGUCAUGGGCGUGGCGCCAACGGAGCCGAGCACUCGGGCAACAAGCAGACCGAUACGGAUCAUCUCAUACACAAUGGCAAUCCACAGAACACGACCAACGGGCUGCCCAUAUUGAUAUGGAUCUAUGGCGGUGGCUUCAUGACCGGAUCGGCCACGCUGGACAUAUACAAUGCGGACAUCAUGUCCGCCGUGGGCAACGUGAUCGUGGCCUCGUUUCAGUAUCGCGUGGGCGCAUUUGGCUUUCUGCACCUGUCGCCGGAGAUGCCGCCAGAGUUUGCCGAGGAGGCGCCCGGCAAUGUGGGUCUGUGGGAUCAGGCACUGGCCAUACGCUGGUUGAAGGACAACGCGCACGCCUUUGGCGGCAAUCCUGAAUGGAUGACGCUGUUUGGCGAGUCAGCCGGCUCGAGUUCGGUGAAUGCACAGCUCAUGUCGCCGGUCACCAGGGGCGUGGUCAAGCGUGGCAUGAUGCAGUCGGGCACCAUGAAUGCGCCCUGGAGCCACAUGACAUCCGAGAAGGCCGUCGAGAUUGGCAAAUCGCUGAUCAACGACUGCAACUGCAAUGCAUCCAUGCUGAAGACAAAUCCCGCCCACGUGAUGACCUGCAUGCGUGCCGUGGAUGCCAAGACCAUAUCAGUGCAGCAGUGGAACUCCUACUCGGGCAUACUCAGCUUCCCAUCGGCGCCGACCAUUGAUGGCGCCUUCCUGCCCGCUGAUCCGAUGACUCUGCUGAAGACAGCCGAUCUGAAAGGUUACGAUAUACUCAUGGGCAAUGUCAGAGAUGAGGGCACCUAUUUCUUGCUGUACGAUUUCAUUGAUUACUUUGAUAAGGAUGAUGCCACAGCGUUGCCACGUGACAAGUAUCUGGAGAUUAUGAACAAUAUAUUUGGUAAGGCCACGCAGGCGGAGCGCGAGGCUAUUAUAUUCCAGUACACCAGCUGGGAGGGCAAUCCGGGCUAUCAGAAUCAACAGCAAAUUGGACGCGCAGUCGGGGAUCAUUUCUUCACGUGCCCCACCAACGACUAUGCACAGGCGCUGGCCGAGCGAGGUGCCUCCGUGCAUUACUACUACUUUACACACCGCACCAGCACCUCGCUGUGGGGCGAGUGGAUGGGCGUGCUGCACGGCGAUGAGAUUGAGUACUUCUUUGGUCAGCCGCUGAACACAUCUCUGCAAUAUCGACCUGUGGAGCGGGAGCUGGGCAAGCGUAUGCUAAAUUCGGUCAUUGAGUUCGCCAAGACGGGCAAUCCGGCACCGGAUGGCGAGGAAUGGCCGAACUUUUCAAAGGAGGAUCCCGUGUAUUAUAUCUUCAGCACAGACGACAAAAUUGAGAAAUUGGCUCGUGGCCCGCUAGCAGCGCGUUGCUCCUUCUGGAAUGAUUAUUUGCCUAAAGUUCGAAGUUGGGCAGGCUCCGAGUGCGAUUCGGGCAGUGCUUCCAUAACGCCCCGCAUGCAGCUGCUUGGACUGGGACUCGUGCUCUACAUAGGCGCCCUGCUGCGGCUGAAAGGAGUUUUCUAAAAGAAAUUCUCUGGCAACAUCGCAUUCCAUAAGUAAAAUAUGAUAAUAUUUAGCAACUGAAGGAGACGGCGAUAGAUGAGGAGAGAGCGAGAACGACAGAGUUUUAGAAUUGGAGCCAUACUGUUGUAGUGUGGCCAAACGAUUUGUAAAUGAAUUUAGUGUUGCAUGCAACUGCAUUAAGUGGCAGCAGUUUGGCAUUUGUUGUAGUUGUUAGUUUUAACCACUUGCCAGGUGCAAGCAGGUAGACACUUUAGCACGCGGCUUGCCCCACACGGAGACACACACACACACACCAACACAUAUCAAAUGCAGCCCGAGUAGUUGCGCUUACUUCUAUUAUUUCCAUAGACACACACACACACACACCCAUACACACACAUACACCUUGAUACACUUUUGUAGCACGCCGCUGAAAUUUGCUUAGUUUGUAUACAAAAAAAAUGCAAUGACCCAAUAAAGAGGCCCCAACAAACCCAGGCUCCAAUAAAAAUAUAUAAACCAACAAAAAAAGGAAGCUAAACUGAGAAAUUAAUCAAGCAACAAAAUAAAAAAACAAUUUUGAUAAAUUGAACGUUUGUCAUGCCAGCCAGCCAGCCAGUCAGCCGGGCAUAAACAAUACACGAACAAGAGGAAGAACAAGAAGAAGAAACUAUAUUAAAUACUCGCUUAGAGUUUGCAUAUUUUGCCAGCUGGCAUGGGUCCAAAACUCUGCCCAGGCCGUAGACCCCGAAAAAUUUUGAAUUGAUUUUUUGAUAGACCCAAUGAAACUUGGCCAAAAAUGCAUUGGUUUCAGCUUUCCGUUGGGCAUGGUUCAUUAUUUUUGUCACACAGCGAUAUAUGUAUAUAUAAUAUAUAUAUAUAUAUAUAUAUAUAUAUAUAUAUAUAUGAUAUUGGCAUAUACAUAUACAUAUAUACUUAUGUUUUCCUUUUGCACUUUGGGCACACCAAAAAAAAGUUCUUAUGACGAAAUUUGGAAAUGAAAAACAAAGCAACAAUUAGUAAAUUUGUAUUGUUCGAAGAGAGAGUUUUAAUGAGAGAUUUGCAAGUUUUUUUGUAAAAGGGCAGCCCGCAAACCGGAAUGGAAACUGAUUUCUAGGGAAAUCGGUCGGAAAAUGAAUAAAACAAAAGUAUAAAAAAAAA